AGCCUUAUGUUAACCUUAAAACUAAAUACUACAAAUUAAUUUCAUUUUAUUAUAAUCAAACAUAAAUUAAAUUUUAUAUAUAAUGGCUACUAGUCGUUUAGAAAGGAUUGGUACAAUAUUUACAAGAGUGGAAGGUCUCCUUACACGCGGGGCAAUGAAACCUGAUGACCGGCCUCUUUGGUUUGAUGUGUACAGAGCAUUUCCUCCAAAUGAAGAACCCAGAUUUGCUAGACCUAAACCCGAGGUGAAAAAAAUUAGACAAAUUCUGUAUAAAGAGGAUGCCAUAAGAUCAAAGUUCCAUUCAGAGGGUCAUGGUUUAGGAAUAAACAUGUUAAAUCCUUCAGGCGAGACACAAACUAAACGAUUAAUACAACAAUAUGAAAAGCUCAAAUCUGAGGGAGUACCAGAAAAAGAACUAAUUGAAAAAUCAGUUGCUGCAGUUUCUGUGGAGCGGCAGUUAGCUUCCAAAACUAUUCCUAAAAAUCCAGAUUCAGUUACUGCUCAAGUAUUGGGAAGCGCAGACAUAAAAAAUAUAUUCAAAGAAUAAAUGUAACAUAUUUUGUAUGUU